AUGAAAUUAAAUUACCACCAACAACAACAACAACAACAACAACAACAACAACAACAACAACAACAACAACAACCACCACUACCAGUUAAGCCAUUCAUUAAAGAAUCCAUUAAUUGUAAUAAAGAUUUUUGUAAUCAACAAAUCCUUAAAACCUAUCCAAUGAGCGAUUCAAACCAAAGGUUCUACAGAUGUUAG